AUGAGUUCAAUCGGAGGCGCAACUAUCGGUGCAGGGCUGUAUGCUGCAGUGAGCAACCCAGCGCAGAUUGCUGCUACGCCCGAGGACGCAGCAGAUAAGAGACAUCACUUGAAGAACGGCAAGGGGUUUACCAAUCCCUGGGACAGCUAUGUCGAUGCUACUCCAUGGCAAUUGCUCACGGGCCUGGGUUGGCGCAAAAUCACUGGUCAAGUAAACGUCCCAGACACCACGCCACCCACUGUUCCCGUUCACACUGCGUCUUUCCUUCCCACUCGCGAAACAUCCAAAUUACGCGCAACAUGGCUCGGCCAUGCAUGCUAUUACGUUGAGUUCCCCAGUGGACUUCGCGUACUUUUUGAUCCCGUCUUUGAAGACUGCUGCGCGCCCGUCAACAUCAAGAGUCUAAAGCGUUUCACGCCUCCUCCUUGCGAGAUAGAAGAUCUACCCGUUGUAGACGCCGUCGUUAUCAGUCACAAUCACUACGAUCACCUUAGUUACCCGACCAUCCAGCGGCUGCACAAAAAGUUUCCCGAGGCACACUAUUUUGCGCCCUUGGGUAACAAAGAGUGGUUUCUUAAGAGCGGUGUGACCAAAGUGACCGAGCUGGACUGGUGGGAGAGCAGAGACUUGCAAUUGCAAGAAAAGAACGACGCUGUAUCUGUUGUUCCGAGUGGAAAUACAGAGGUGGACAAGAAGGUGAGCGGUAAUGGCGUCAUCACCGCGACCAUAGGAGCACUGCCUUGUCAGCAUGUCAGUGCCAGAGGUCCCUUUGACAAGUGCAAGACCCUCUGGGCAAGCUGGAGCGUUGAGUCUGGUGGUUCAAAAGUAUAUUUCGCCGGUGACACUGGCUACCGAACCGUUCCCAAAGGUAUACCUGCAACAGAAGACGACUACUCGGCCGCAUACUCGCACCUCCCUACUUGCCCGGCCUUUGCGCAAAUUGGUAAACACAGAGGCCCCUUCGAUCUUGGCCUCAUUCCCAUUGGCGCAUACGAACCCCGCUGGGCGUUUAGCAACGUCCAUGCGAAUCCCAAAGACGCAGUCAACAUCUUCAUUGACACUCGCUGUAAAAGAGCGCUAGGCAUGCACUGGGGAACCUGGGUCUUGACAGAGGAGGAGGUCAUGGCGCCGCCAAAAGAGCUCAAGGAGGCAUGUGAAUGGAAGGGUAUUGAACACGGUAGAGGCGGCUUUGGCAUUUGCGAUAUCGGGGAGUCGUGCGAGUUUGAAAGUGGAGCAAGCCCGGAAAAGAAGUAA